UGCCGGACAAGGGCCGUGUGCAAAAGCUCCUCAUGCAAAUGAAUACACACACAGGUGAAAUCAAUUAAAACAAUUAUCCAUCCAGAGACACACAGAGAAGCCACAGGCAGCAUUGAUAUGCCCUCUAACACAACUUUUGAUCACAAAACCGCAAAGGACCUGCACCAGGAUAUACCCUCUCAAAUCAGGAAAUCUGGUUUUGAAGUGCCCAUGUAUGCUCCAGGAUGUGGACCAGCUUAGCCACAUAUCAACUAAGUUCCUGCUGCUAACCUUCCAGCUUGCCGCUGCUGUGUCCUCCACAGAGUCAUCUUUUGUAAGAACUGCUGUUGGAAACCCGUCCUAUGAUUUGAUCCCUUAGAUGUGGCAGUAGAAGAGACCACUUCAGAAGGAACCAGCAGACCGUGGCAUCACUACAGAGGAAAACACACAGUGGGUGUCUAGACCAACAGUAACAACCUCAUGUGCUGAUACUUCCACAUCCACAGACCACAUGUGUUCUGUCAAACUGAUGUCAGAGGCGAGAAAGACUUCACUUUUACAACACCAGACAUGAAUCCUUAAACUUGCUCCCCAGUGCUGCAUUACCAUCUUUUCACCAACAUUUCAACUGCAUUGGGGUGUGCGUCUAUAUUGCCUCUGCUGUUGCCCAUUAUUUCCUCUCUACAUGAUUUUAUUAAUAAACAGGAACUGUCACUCUUUGUUCAUGUUACCCCUUGCCAAACUAUCAUACUGUAUGUUUUUAAGCUAUUAUGUUGUUAGUUUUUCUGUCACUGUAUAAAUGCUGCAGUUUUCUUUUCUUUUGAGUGAGUUAAUGAAAUGCGUUCUAGUGAGUGAGGUCAAGGUUUUUAUUCCUCUUUAAAGAAUCCUCUCUUAUUAACAACUAGCCCCAAACUUUUUACAUAUUGUAGUUACAUUUGUGUCACCCAUUGGAAUGAAAAUCAGUUUUAAUAUAAUAACAAAGUUGAAGUAACUUUUGUCCAGAAAAGGUCAACCAAAAGUCAAGGCUAUUUUCAGCAUUGCUGUUUUCCACAUCCCUGGUUGCACACACCGGUGCCUGGUAGUGACGCAGUACAUUCACAGUCUCCUACUGUUGCCUCUGAGUAGCUCCCCUGGAGCUGUUGGAAGCUAAGUGCCCCACUCAAGGGCAACUCAAGAAUAGUUGUUGAGGGACUGACAGCUCAUAACUCAUUCAACUUCACCACUCAGAUUGUAUUGACCGGUUUGGGAAUUCAAAGCAGAUUCCCCUGGUCACAAACUACUUCUCUAACAUGAUGAAGCAAUACAACAUUGAGACAUUGUCAUCUCUGCAGAGGGUAUGGGAAAAAAGCUGUGCUGUAACAUAGAGAAGUCAGUAACUGCAGACUCUGGUUUAUUGGCUCACAAUUGUUUAUUCUUAUACAGAAUUUGUCAGAGGAAUGCAACAACCAUCAAACUGCAAAAGGUUUCCAAAUGUAGAGACAGCACAUAUGAACAUGUGUUGUAUAAAGCUGUACUGUGGUAAAAGCAAUCUAGAGCUUUAAAUCUAUUUUUUUUUUUCAGAAAGUGGAGGCUGACCAUGAAGCCCUUAUAUAAUGAGGUAAAUAUCUUUGAAAUUUCUGCUAUGCUGUGUUGUUUCCUCAGCUAUUUUCCUUCCACUGGUAAAAGGGGAUGUGAGGAUCUUGCAGACAUUGUUUUGGUGUGCAGUAUAAUUUGUGAAGAGGCAGGGAGUAACCUGAGGACUGAAGGUGGUGAAGAGAUUCAGCUCAGCAGGGCUGUGAGACAAAACGCUUUCAUGACACCUGCUGGUGUAGCGUUCUGCUAUCCGGACUCUGCUCCUUUCCUCCCCCAUCAUCCAUCCAUCAACCCAGCGGUAGAUGCACAGAGCUCGCCACUCUCCAUUUGUCACUGCCCAUCAGAUGUGGUUACAUUCUCAUUACAUGCCUGCUGACCCUUUUGAAGACUGAAAUAAACUCUGGGGGUGUUGCAAGAACAUGUCACGAAGGAUAAAAUGUAGCGUUCCUCCUGUGCAAGAUUAACAGGCAAAGAAAGGAGGGAUUACAACAAAAUUUUUUUUGGUUUAUCACUUCACACCCAGUGUUGUGUAACAUGUCAUGUUUUUAUUUCAGUGACUGGAGAACUGUGUUGAACAGACAGCUGUCAAAACCAAGUACGCUUUGGAAGACAAAAAGAAAAUGAGAGAGCAAAAGCAGAAAAGAAGUGAGUCUGAGUGCAUCCAGCCCCUCGUAUUUCAGAGGGUUCAUCCUUAUUGCCCUGAAGGAGGGCGCAGAGGGAGACAUGGACGAGGACUACACUGGGAAUUUCCAGAUAAUUGAUGAGGAGGAAACACAGUUUAUGACCAACUGCCCCCCUGCAGUGACAGAGAGCACUCCUCGCAGACGCACCAGCAUCCAGGUGUUUUGGACUGCGCCCCCCAGUGGUUCCGGCUGUGUCAACAUCAAGGCAAGCAUUGUGCAGAAGAGAGUAAUCAAUUUCCAGGAUGAAGGCCCACUCACCAAGCGAAUGUGUGAGAAAGAAUCCCUGUAUGGAGAAACUACAGAGAAACCUCUGCUCAACUGUUGUGCCUGUGGAACAGCAAAGUACAGAGUGACCUUCUUUGGAAACUGGUCAGAGAAGAUUCAUCCCAAAGACUAUCCACGUCGGGCCAAUCACUGGUCAGCCAUCAUUGGUGCCUCCCACUCUAAGAGCUAUGUGCUGUGGGAAUAUGGUGGCUUUUCUAGCGAUGGAGUUAAACAGGUAGCUGAGCUGGGAUCCCCUGUCAAAAUGGAAGAGGAGAUCAGACAGAAGGGUGAUGACGUCCUGACAGUCAUCAAGAUGAAAGCACAGUGGCCAGCCUGGCAACCGUUUAAUGUACGGCGGGCCGCCCCCUCAGCUGAAUUCUCAGUGGACCGGAGCCGUCACCUCAUGUCCUUCUUGACCAUGCUGGGGCCCAGUCCAGACUGGAACGUGGGUCUAUCUGCUGAGGACUUGUGUACUAAGGAGUGUGGUUGGGUCCAGAGGGUGGUCCAGGAUCUGAUCCCCUGGGAUGCAGGCACUGACAGUGGGGUGACAUAUGAGUCUCCCAACAAGCCCAUUGAGCCCCAGGACAAGAUCCGUCCCCUGACCAGUCUGGAUCAUCCACAGAGCCCUUUCUAUGACCCUGAAGGAGGCGCCAUCACUCCAGUGGCCAAGGUGAUGGUGGAACGCAUCGCCAGAAAGGGCGAACAGUGCAACAUUGUGCCGGACAAUGUGGAUGACAUUGUAGCAGAUAUUGCCCAGGAGGAGAAAGAGGAAGAUGACACCCCUGAGACGUGUAUCUACUCCAACUGGUCUCCAUGGUCCGCCUGCAGCUCGGCCACUUGUGAAAAGGGCAAGCGGAUGAGGCAGAGGAUGCUAAAGGCCCAGUUGGACCUUAGUGUGCCCUGCCCACACACCCAGGAUUUUGAGCCUUGCAUGGGGCCUGGAUGCAGCGAUGAGGAUGCUUCCACCUGUAUGUUGUCAGAGUGGAUCACCUGGUCUCCCUGUAGUUUAUCUUGCGGGAUGGGCACACGUUCCCGGGAGCGUUACGUGAAGCAGUUCCCUGAUGAUGGCUCACUCUGCACCCUGCCCACAGAGGAGACAGAAAACUGUGUGGUCAACGAGGAAUGCUCUCCUAGCAGUUGUCUGGUUACAGAGUGGGGUGAAUGGGAUGUCUGCAGUGCCACCUGUGGUCUUGGCAUGAAGAGGAGAGAGCGCAUGGUGAAGAUGCCUCCUGCUGAUGGCUCCAUUUGUGGGGCAGAGGUGCUGGAGGUGGAGAAGUGCAUGAUGCCAGAAUGUCACACAAUCCCCUGCAUGCUGACUCCGUGGUCUGACUGGAGCGACUGCAGUGUGACUUGCGGGAAAGGUUCGAGGACACGACAGCGCAUGCUGAAGUCCCCCGUGGAGCUAGGAGAGUGUACAGAAGACUUAGAACAGGUGGAGAAGUGCAUGCUACCAGAGUGUCCCAUAGACUGCGUCAUGUCAGAGUGGACUGAGUGGUCCGAGUGCAAUAAGUCCUGUGGGAAGGGUCAUACGAUCCGGAGACGCGUGGUAAAGCUGGAGCCUCAGUUUGGAGGGGACACGUGUCCUGAAACCAUCCAGAGGAAGAAGUGUAAGAUCAGGAAGUGCAACCGGGGACAAGCCAACAGCGACGAGAAGAAACGACGCAAGGAACAGCGUGAAAAGAGGAGGAGCAAACAGGGCAGAGCAGAGGUCGCCUCCGAGCAUCCGGGGUGUAAAAUGAGGCCGUGGUCGAGUUGGACGGAAUGUACCAAGCUGUGCGGUGGAGGUAUUCAAGAACGGCUCAUGACAGUGAAGCAGAGGUUUAAGACUGCCCAGCUGUCCAGCUGCAAGGACAGGAAGGAGAUCAGGGCUUGUAAUGUGCACCCCUGCUAGGAAGGAGUAGGGGGAACGGGGGUGGAAGGGAGGGAUGACAGUGGGGCUGGGAGCAGGACAGGGCAUGGCACACUGUCGCACAAUGAUCCAAUGCACUCUGUUCAGGGCUGAAAUGGCACAUGCUUGAAUCUGUCUUGGUUAAAUCCAAAGUUCAGGUCAUCAAGAUGAACUUAAAGAUCUCACUCUGGAUUUAAACUCUGCUGAUUCUUCUGUGCUUUUAAACUAGCUCUUAUACACAUAAGACUCUUUUGCAAGAUUACUGUAAACUUGUUGUGGUAUAAUAUAUCUUGAAAAAUAUAAUUAUGAAAUAUAAAUUGAUUUAAUAAUAAGAUAAAGAACUGUUAUAUCUUGUGGUAUCCUUAAGUAGUACAGUAUAUUCCAGACUUUAAAGCACAGGUGCCCAGCCAUUCCAGUGUUUUAUACGCCUUCAGUUGUUUUUAGGACACACAAUGCCCAGUUGGCUUUUUACCCAGCUAUAUUGUUGUACAUGUAGAUGCACCACGAUUGAGAUCUCCUAUGAUUUUGAGCAUUAUUAGAAGAUUUUGUUAUUUUUUUCGCUGUGGAAUUUUUUGAUAAGAAUGUGUCCCAAGAUUCUUACCAAAGUCUUGUGUAGAUGUUUUCUAGAUGUCUUCUCCUCCUUUUCUUUAUCUCUGUUCCUCUAACAUAUUAAUAUUUUGGAAUAAUAUCACCUUUACAAUAAAAGUAAAUGUGACAACUCGU